GGGUGUUGGUGCAUAAAAAAUGUAUUUGUGUGAAAUAGAAAAUAUAAAUAUUUUAUUGAUAAUUCUUUAAGUCAAGACGGUUUGUCCUCAAAGAAUUAAGAUGUUGGAUUAAGUAGUCGUACCAAUAAAUAUAAUGAAUUCAGAUUUAUAUGCGUGAGAUCUUUACGUUCGUAUGUAGGAAUUUGAGAUGUCUAUACUACAUUAAAGGAAUCAAUAAAGGAUGAGUUCGUGCAAAAAUUUAAUUCAAAAAGUGUAAAAGCAAAAAUCCAUAGUAUAUAUAUGUCUAUAUAGGUACAUGCAUUUCAAUUUCAAUUAGGAAUUAUGUACAUAUAAAAGUUUGGAUAUAAUUUUGUGUCAUAAAACUAUUAUGAAAAUUACAAACAGGAUGAGAGUCGGCGUCAAAUGUUGCUUGCAAAUUGUAUUAUUGAAUUUUCUAUAUUUUUGUAAUUGCGUCGAAGUCCAUUUCGAAUCAACGGAUAGUGGAUUCUUUUUGAAACAUACGCGUCAACCACCAGUCACGCCCGAGAUAUCGAAUAUUCAUUCUUCUCCGGUUCCUACAUUACGUUCGCGUACAGCUUAUGACUCUAUUUUAUCAAUCGAUCGCUUCACUGUGGUUCAAACAACACAACCAGUGUCAAUCAGAGCCAGUUAUGGUCCAUUCUCUACUAAACAGACCGUACCAGCUAGAUAUAUCGUGCCCGAUGCCAUAGAAAAUCAAACUGAUUAUAUGAAUAAUACAACAGCUGCACUUCUGGAGUUGCAGCAGUCCAAUAUUCAUUUAGAUAUAUCUGCACAUUUAGUUAGUACUAAAGUAUCACCGGAUUUUCCGGUUUUACGGGUCCUGUUUCAUGCUGGUGCAGAUACGAGUGGCCACUUACAACGUCAGAAGAUCUGCGUUCUGUUACAUGUAUCUUAUGGAAAUCACACUCCUUUAAAAGGUCGUUGCAUGCCUGAAGGUGAAGACGGUGUGUGUGUUGCUGAAGUAGUUAUACCAUUCUCAUGGUUUCAUUCUGUCCCGCUGCCAUAUAUAAAGGAUAUACCGGGCUCCAUACCAAUUAAAGUUCCCCAACGUCAUGUUCAAGUGUCGUAUAGUGUUUUCGAGCCCCCUUUGCGUAAUCCAGAGCAGUGUGAGCCCAAGGUUCAAAUUCAACCUUUAACAAAUUUUGCCCAAAUACCACUUGUCGCACCUAAGGUAGCAUUCAAAGAGCUACGGCCCGAUGAUUCUUUGACGAUACUUUUACCACAACAACCAUUGUAUCCAAUGUCAAAAUUUCAUGUGCCAGUUUAUAUACAACAAUCUUCUGAAAGAUCAAUAGCAUCAUUUUCAAUAAAAGCCCGCGUUAAAUCCGGUAUCAGAGUGCUCAGCGCGAUGGCAUUAACCGAUUUGUGGAACAUAUCAAUUGAAAAAGAAAAUACAAAACAUACAAUCGUACGGGUAACAGCUUUGAGAAAAGAACAAGAGCGGAUCGCGGAAAAUCAAAAUUCAUCACACAUUAAAACGAACGAUAAAAAAGUGGAAGAAGUAUUUUCAUGGUUAUUUGAAAUAGCUGAUGACGCAAAGGAAUUACUUGAAGGUGGAAAAAUUGUAUGGUCUGUUACAUAUAUGUACGAUGCAUCAAAAGCGAAGGACAUCCCUUUGGAAAAUGUUGGAUUAGAUGAUAGUAAAAAGAGAGUUAUUGCAAAGCUGGAAAUCAAUAAGGAUGAUAUACAAGCCGUCUUGCCCAUGGCGAAGAAUUGGGAAUUAAUGAAUACAGCUGUAUUAACUGGCCGUCAGGUUGCCCAAGCAAUGAAAGUAUUUAUUGUUUCGCAAGGAGGAAAGGUUGCUGACGUCACUCUUCAAAGUUCAUGUCAUGCUGAAGAUGAAAGCGUUAUAAAGGUAUCCUCAUCAUGUAGCUCCGUAUAUGUUGAUGGUUCUGAAAUACGUGGGUCAUCGAAUGCAUCAAUUAUAGUUAAAUAUGGUACGUACAUUGGUUUAGCUAAGUUUGUCGUUUGGAUGCCAGAAUUCCCACUAGAAGUUUAUAUUAGCGAUUUUCGACUCUCACAAAUAAAGGGUUGGAAGGUUGGCGAAGAAAACCAGUACAUUCAUAAAAAGUUACGACGCCGAAAAAAACGUUCAUUUGUAAUUGGACCAUAUAAUUCCGGUUAUCACAAUAACGUCGGUAUGGAUAAAAUGGCAUGUCGCGCAAGAUAUCAACAAAGUCCUGUAGAAAUAUACGCAAGAUUUGUUGCUAUUGAUCAGAAUUCCGGUCGCAUUAGCUAUUUCAUAUCGCGACGAACUGGACUACGAGUAACUGAUCUAGUUCAACCGUUGCUACGAGUAGCGGAUCCUAAAAUUGCGAGCUUAAAGGGAAGAAUAUUACAAGGAAAAUCAAUGGGACGUACAGAUGUUCAGGUUUUAUCUCCUAUUACUGGGCGAGUCAUUGGUGCCAAGGAAAUACGUGUUGGAAGUGACAAAGUUAGUUUAGUGAAGCUGAUAGUCCGAGUUGUCUCUGGAUUGCAACUGACAAUUACAGCCGACAAUACAAUUGAAAAUGGUUAUAUUGCCGAGACGGCGGUUACUCACAAAUUAACAGCGCAAUACCAGGAAGGCCUUCUUGAUAUAGAUUUAGAAUUUUCGGAUGGCUCUAGAACACCUCUACGAGACAUAUCUGUAGAAGAUUACUUUCUUUUAGUUGAAAGUUUAGAUACAGAAGUAGUUGCAUUCGCACCUAUGUUGGCAUCACAUCAUCCGCGAGUAAUCGCAGUUGGGGAAGGCAAUGGUAACCUUUUGCGAGUCACCCUUUUGUUAGCAGAAAAUUGUCGAACACGUCGAAAUACAAACGCUACCAAACAGAGUAAAGCAAUUGCAUCCCCGUUAGCGAGUGCUUUAGCAUCCGUCGAAGUGGACUUUAAUAAUGGCAAUGAUAUUGUAAAUAAGCAUGAAAUUGUCCAAAAUGAUGGAAUUGUGGGAAAAGACAAACUAAAAUUUCGGAAUACUGGAGAUCUAGCUGAUAUAAUAGUAGGAAUACCGUUGAGAGAUUCCACGCAUCAUCAUGAGCCUACGGUACAAGCUAGACAGCAUCGCGGAGUUAUUCAUUCCGCUGGAAAAGUGCGUUACGGAAAAGCGACACAUCAAGGAAAUAUGACUUCAAUGGAAGUAGGGAUGUACGUUCUUUUGACGGCUUUUUGUUUCGCAAUAGUAGUAUUCAUUAUCUCUUGCGUGGUUUACGCAUCAAAAUUUAAGCCUGCCAAUGUCGAUAGCGGACUAGAUCGGGGUAAAAUCGUUAAAGGAUCUUUGAAUGGUAAUGAUUUUCUUCAAGAACCACGUUUUAUAAAAGAAACUACUACUAAUGCUCAUGACUGGGUUUGGCUGGGUCGUUCAACAAUGGAUAGGACAUCUAUCAUAAAUGAAUCAUCGUCGGGGCAGAGUUUUAUUAAUCCUAGGGAUUCAAAGAUAAGGAUAACUAGUAAUCCCAUUAUCAAUUACUCGAGCGACGUAAAUUCAAAUAACGAAGCGACCACUUCGUUCCACGUCAACAGUUGUGAAUUCAAUGCCAAUUUAUAUAAUCACGAUGCACAAAAAACAGCAAAAAUAUUUCCAAAUCAUUGCCAAAAUAUGGAAAAUAAUUCGAAUGAAUACCGGCCACCUAUACCACCACAUCGUAAUAUAGACACACGUCUAUGCGGUUCAAGCUACAUUUGCAACCAAAUUAAUAAGCCUUAUAGAAGUAAAGGAGAUCUUAUGCUGCCAUCCGGCUCGGUAACGAAAGAGAUUCUCACCAAAAAUAAAGGACAAGUGCAGCAAUCAUCCCCCGAGCAAAUAUUCUCGCCUCAAGAAAUUUGCAUUCCUGUCAAUCCAAGUGGCAAAAUAAUGACCAACAAUACGGAGAAGCACAAUGCCGAAAAAUUGGUAGAAUGUCCACAUCACAAGAAAAAUGUUUUCCAAUUUGAUACAUUAACUCCCAAGCAAAAUAAUAAUCCAGAUGUAACAAACCAGUGCGCAAAUAUUGAGAAAAGUAGAGAUACGGACAAAGACAAGUUAACGUCGCUUGACGAAGAUGUGAUUAUAACAAAACAAGAUUCUAAUUGCUUUGUGAAACGGGAUAGUCGACAAUCGUACCCUAAACGUUGUAGAGCAAAACGAGCCACCAUAGUGGGUAAUCCAAUGUUCUCAUCGACUUUGGACGGUGGUAUUAAUCAAGAAGAAAGUUUAAGUUUGGAUGAUCUCGAUAUGGACUAUGAACAAAUUAUGCACUAUUUUGAUAAUUUAAAGGAAUCGAAUGCUUGAGUUCAGGAGAUCAUUGCUAAAAUUCGCGAAAUACUAUCUACAAUUCACCAGCAAUAUAAAAUGAUAAAUACCGAUGCUAGUCCAAAUUUCUAAACGUAUCGCCCAUUUCGGCGAUUAUUCGCACCAUAAUGAGCUUUUAUAUAAAAUACCUACCGUAGAAGGUAAAUCGCUGCAAAAUUAUAGCAAUGAAGUACAUAUAUUUCAAAGUCAUAGGAUUAUAAUAAGAGGAGCCAUAUAAAAAUAAUAUAUAAACGCGAAAUUGUUAUAAAAAUCGACAAAAAAAAAAAAAAAUGUUAUUAAAUUGCGCUAAAGAAAAAAAAGUAUAAACCUAAUUGUGUCUCAGUUUAAGGCAAGCAUUUAAGCAAUUUAAAUAUACGCAUCCAUAUACACAUCUAGAGUAGAUUAGUGCUUUGCAGCUUUAUUUUAAUACCAAUUGUAUGAAAAAACCAAAUAUACGUAUGUCCGUCAUGUUAUUGCUUAUAAAUUAAUACUUAUAUAAAUAUUUGUAAUUUGUAAUAUGUCAUUCCAUUAAAAAAAAAAAAAAAAAAAAACAAAAAACAAAGAAACAAAACAAAAAAAAAAACAAUGUUAUUAUUUCCCAAUCGGUGUACAUGUAUUUACAAUGUACGCAUCGUUGUUCUACAAUAAAUUAAGUUUCUUUUUUUUUUCUUUUUUUUUUGUUUUUGUUUUUCUUUUUCCUUUAUUGUUUUGCUUUCUUUU